UUUCUUCAUCAACUCUUGUUCUUCUUCUUCUUUUUAUUAUUUAUUUGUAUGUUCCUUUCUUCUCUAGGAAAAAAAGAUGAGUGGAUUGUUUCGAUCCAAAUCUUGUGGAUUUGUCGGAAUCACUGAGUUGGGCCAUGCUCCUCCGAGUCGCUUAUUCCACCAAGCCAAAACCGGCGACUGUGGAGCCUCUGAGAAACAAGAAAAGGAAGAAGAGUUAGAAGACGACGACGAAGACGAAGAAGAAAAUGAGUAUGAUGGAGAUCCCAUUGCUACGACGCCGUUUACAAGCCCCAAGUCAAGAUUUAGCAGUAGUAGUAGUCAGGGUCAAAGCCGUGAUUCAACGUCAAAAGACAAUAACCAGUUCCAGUUCCCUUUUCUGGACAUUCUGGCGGCGUUGUUAAGGAAGUCGCUGGUCACGUGCAGCGUGGAUACCGACGACGUGUCUUCCAUGGACAUCAGCUUGCCGACUGAAGUCAGGCACGUCUCACACGUGACCUUCGACCGCUUCAAUGGUUUCCUUGGCUUGCCUACUGAGCUCCAGCAUGAUGUUCCCAGAAGGGUUCCCAGUGCCAGUGCAAGUGUUUUUGGAGUUUCUGCCGAGUCAAUGCAGUGUUCUUAUGAUGACCGAGGGAACAGUGUGCCAACUAUUCUUCUUAUGAUGCAGAAACGUCUGUAUGCAGCAGGAGGAUUGAAGGCGGAAGGGAUAUUCCGGAUCAACGCCGAAAAUAGCCAAGAAGAGUAUGUCCGAGACGAGUUAAACAAAGGAGUAGUACCACGUGGAAUUGAUGUCCAUUGUUUGGCAGGUCUGAUAAAGGCAUGGCUUAGAGAACUUCCUAGUGGAGUACUUGAUUCCCUCACACCGGAGCAGGUGAUGCACUGCAACACCGAGGAUGACUGUGCUGAACUCGUCAAGUUACUUCCUCAAACAGAAGCUUCUCUCCUUGACUGGUCUAUCAAUUUGAUGGCUGAUGUUGUGCAGCAUGAACAAUACAACAAAAUGAACGCACGAAACGUCGCCAUGGUUUUUGCACCAAACAUGACUCAGAUGGCUGAUCCUUUGACAGCAUUGAUUCAUGCUGUGCAAGUGAUGAACUUCCUCAAGACACUGAUCUUAAAGACACAGGGUGAAAGGGAGGAGUCAGCUUCCACUGCUAAGCUUUUGCGGGCUGCCAUAAUGUGUAGACUGGAAUGUGUCGCUGGAGAGAAACUAUGGAGCUCUGGUAUAGGUGACGGGGAAGAGGAAUUCGAUUCCAUUUCAGGUGACAUCACGCCAAGUGGAUGUGAAAUGAGGUCUGUUGAAAAUGAAUGCAGAGGUGCGUACGAUAAUAAGGACCGGCUAAGUUUAAGAAAAGGUGUACUGCGGUUAUGCAGGCACCCUGUAUUUCAGUUGAGUAAGUCGAGUAAGAAGACCCGAAAUCUGGGGAUUGUAAAUACUGGACGAGGUGGAGAAGCCUGUGUGUAGCACAUCCCUAAAUGUUUGUGUUCCUUUUUGAUCAUUUUAGGCCAUUUCUGGCUGUGUAUGCGAAAUUUAUAGUUUCUAGGUUUUGUUUGGAAGUACUAACUGAAAGCUAUAGAUUAAUCAUCUCCCUC